AUGAACACCAGGGGACUAUGCCCUAUGCUGAGGUUCAUGGCUACACAAUUCCUCGUGGUAGCCUUCGUCGUCCUCUUCAGCGCCAGUAGCCGCCGCGCCGACACCCUCAACAACACUCCUCUGAGGAGCUCUUGCUCAGGAAACUACAGCACCGGGAACAGCAUCAUUCGGGCUAACAUAGAUACUCUUUUCUCAUCUCUUAAUUCCAGAUCUCCCUUCUCCAACUUCUACAACAUCACGGCCGGAAAUGGAACUGAUACAGUAUACGGCCUCUACAUGUGCGAGGGCGACCUCUCCUCUGACGACUGCCGGAGUUGUAUUGGAGCUGCCACCUCCGACAUCCUGGAGCAAUGUCCCUCCAGCCGGCAGGGGAUCAUAUGGUACGACUACUGCCACCUGCGAUUCGCCGAUCAGAAUUUCUUCGGGAUUAUGGAUUCCAGAGGCUUCCCCAUGAUAAAUCCCUUCGCUACGGUCGACAAUCCGGAGCUGCCUCUCGCGGUUUUAUCUCGACUUGUAGAGGAAGCACCAUGGUCUCCCCUAAACUUCGCUGCCAACGCCUCCGUCACGGCCGGAGUCUACGCGCUGGCUCAGUGCACCGGAGAUCUUUCCAGAAACAGCUGCAAGAGCUGCCUAGAUGAGAUUCUAAAAAACCUGAAGAGUUGUUGUGCUGAAGCUCAAGGCUAUCGCUACUUGUCUCCUAGCUGCUGGAUAAGGUAUGAGUCGACGCCAUUCCUCAGGAACGUCAACAGCACGUUCACGUCGAUCGUCGUUCCCCGUUGCCCCAACGAGAGCAUCCCAGAAAACAGAGCAAAUGCCUGGGAGGAGACCCUCAGCACCCUGCUUUCAUAUGUGACAUCGAACAGCUCUCGGAAUAGAGGCUUUGCCACAGGUGAGAUAGGAGACGGCGGCGCCGUCCUCUACGGGCUCGCAAUGUGCAGGCCCGAUAUCGCCGAUUCCAGCAGCGAUUGCCAGAAUUGUCUAAACAACGCGAGCAGUAGUAUGAGACAGAUGUGCCCUAUGAGGACGCGAGGUAUCAUCUGGUACGAGCAGUGCGAACUCAGGUACUCCAACCAGAGUUUUUUCGGGACAGUGGAUGAAGUGGGGAGGACAUUCUGUAGCUUAGAGGAUAGUUCUGUGGCCUAUGCUUCUGCGACACUGGAUCUGAUGACAAAACUCGUCGAGGAGGCACCGAAUAGACCGCUCUUCUCUGCGGCCGGAAACCAAUCUGUUGGGAGAACAGAGUCAAGUUAUGGUCUGGUCCAGUGCACGAGGGAUCUCAGCAGUGAGGACUGCCGGAGCUGCCUGACGAAAGGGAUGGUGGAGGCAUCCUCAACCUGCAGGAUGAGACGGGGUUGGAGGUACCUGUCCGGCAGCUGCAACCUUCGUUACGAGAAGUUUGCCUUCUUCGACGCCUCAAGCUUGUCUAUCGCCGCCACAAACAGCGGUGAGUAAUCAGCUUUCGAAUCCCAUACCUCAAGAGAUGACUUAUUUUAGUCUAAUUUUGCAAGGGAAUCUGCGAUCAUUUGCAUGUUCAUGAUAUUCAUGUGAGAGUAAAUAUAUCACAAAAUAACUGCCGGCUAUCUAAUACCAAUAGGUGAAAUUUAACUACUGAAAGAGAGUUAAAUUAGGGCAAGUCCAGGCCACUCCGUGGUAUCUCUAACAUUUGUCCUUGAUUUAGAGCUUUGUACAUCAUUUUUGUCAUUGAUCGAUAAUUUUGCAGAGCUCAACCCGAGGAAUAAACGUGUAAUUUGAUAUUCUAUCCAUCUAUGAUUUAGAUCCGUCGUGAUCUGUUGCUGAUGAAUGGAACAGCACUGAUAAAUAAAAUAUACUGUUCUAUCAUAAAUGUAGGGAGCGGGAAGUCAAUUGGGAAGUUGAUCGCUGCCAUUAUUGUUCCGUCUCUGGCAGCCGCUCUCUUCUGUUUAGUCAUUUACCGAAUGAGGCUGAGAAAGAAGACACGUCAGGGUACCUAUCUAUUGACACUAUCCUCAGUAUCAAAGUCAAACUUGUCUAUUUUUUUAUGGCUGGUGUAAUUUAAUCCCCCUAUGACGACUGCUUGAUCGGGAUCCUCUUCACAGAUGUGCAGAAAAACUCCGUGAAAACGUACCUGGAUGGGUUGGAGACCCUGGACAGCACAGAUCUGCGCUUGGUUGACUUUGAAACAGUUCUAGUCGCUACGGAUAACUUUUCUGAAGCCAAAAAGAUAGGACAGGGCGGCUUUGGUGUAGUUUACAAGGUAAAAAUGUUGGUCUUCCUUCAGCAAUACUUUUCUGUUAGUCACUAAAUUCUCUAAGAUGGAGACAACAUCAGCAUUAUUAAAUGAGUAAAAAAUCCCUCCAGGCGUUACUACCAGGAGGAGAGAAGGAGGUCGCAAUCAAGAGGCUUUCGGCGACGUCGAAACAAGGCUUAGAGGAGUUUGAGAACGAGGUCACGCUAAUUGCGAAGCUUCAGCACCGGAAUCUCGUCAGGGUGUUGGGCUGCUGCGUGGAAACGGAGGAGAAGAUGCUCAUCUACGAGUAUAUGCCUAACGGAAGCCUUGACGCGAUAAUUUCUGGUUCGUUGGCUUCCUGUUGUAGAUGUCAUGUUUUUCAGUGAGAUAGUCCAGUUAACGACGACUACAACAGUCCAGAUUCACUCACGCCAUCCCGUUUUUCACGAAAUUUUCUUCUGCAGAUGAAAGAGGGCGAUUGCUCCUGGAUUGGAAGACAAGAGUUAACAUCAUCUUAGGGAUCGCAAGGGGACUCCUCUACCUUCACGAAGACUCUCUCCUUAAAAUCGUCCACAGGGACUUAAAACCCAGCAACGUUAUGCUGGACGAGGAGAUGAACCCCAAGAUUUCAGAUUUUGGAAUGUCAAAGAUCUUCAGAAACGAUGAAUACGAGGCCAACACGGGGAGGCUCGUCGGGACUCUGUACGCAGAAUUUCUUGCUUUUAUCCUUUCUUCUAUUCCAAGAAGCCAUCGAGAUUCACUCUGUCGUCUUCAUCUAACAGUGGCUACAUGGCCCCUGAGUUCGUGCUGGACGGGGUAUUCUCCGUGAAGUCAGACGUCUACAGCUUUGGAGUUCUCAUGCUGGAAAUCUUGGCCGGAAAGAAGAACGGGCGAGCGCACUUUAAGCAAUACGGUCAAACCCUUCUAAGACAAGUACUCUCCCCUUCUUCCUCGUCACCUGAGAAUUUAUUCCCUUAUUUAGAAAUUAUUCUGAAAAACAAUCGACCCUUUAAUAGGCUUGGAAACUGUGGGUUGAAGACAGGGGGUCCGAGGUGGUCGACCCCCUGAUCCAGGACUCCAGCCCGCCGAAUGAAGCGUUGAGAUGCAUCCACAUUGCGCUGCUGUGUAUCCAGGAGAAUCCCAGAGACAGACCCACCAUGUCCGCCGUCGUGCUCAUGCUGAUGAGUGGUCAGAUGGCACUCCCGGAGCCCUCGGAGCCGCCGUUAUUUUCCAGAGAGAGGUCCUCUACCGAGCUGGUGGUGCCGAGCUAUAAGGAAACAUCAGUGAAUGAGCAGACCAUCACUGUGCUACAGCCUCGGUGA